CGCACUGUUUGUUCUAUACGGAUGAACAAUAUCCGAGUAAUUGCUUCCUAAAUAAAUAGAUUUCAAGGCUGUAGUACCAGCGAAGAUGUGGAAAAGGAAAGUGGUGCACGGAUGGUGCAGUGCUAUGAUCGUAGCCGGGAUGCUGUGCAGCGCGGAAACUAUAAGGAAGGAGAAGAGGGAGGUGGACAUUUGGAAAGAUGACGAGGGAGAGAACCAAGUAGAGGGACUUGCUGUAAAUUUAUCGAACGGUGAUUCUGUGAUUGAUAUCAAUCGGAUGCCUAGAGUAUUAAAUUUCUUUCCUGUACCUUUUGUGGAAGAAUGCCGAGCCCGAGACGGUAGAAGACGAGGAAUCUGUAUGAACACGUACGAGUGUAGAAUUCAAGGGGGUAAUUCACACGGUUUUUGUGCCUUAGGAUUUGGCGUGUGUUGCAUUUUCACAGCAACUUGUAAUCAACAGGUCAUCAAUAAUCUCACGUACUUCGCUAAUCCAGACUAUCCAGACUUUACCACCGGUAUGUCCACUUGCCAAUUAUCUAUUAGAAAAGUUAGUCAGGAUGUGUCUCAAAUUAGACUGGAUUUCAUUCACUUCAAUUUGGGUCAGCCAAACAGAAAUACUGGAGAAUGCGAACAAGAUAUUUUUUAUAUGACAGCACCUACCUCGACGAGAGAACUAAAAAUAUGUGGAAUGAAUAGUGGACAACACGUUUAUUUCGAUGUAGAAAAUCUCGAGUACGAUAUCGAGAUAAACAUGACCCUUGGCAGAAAAGCUGUGACCAGAUUUUGGGAAGUUUUAGUUACUCAAAUACCCUUCACCGAACGAGCCCCUGUAGGAUGUUUACAAUAUCAUCAAGGCUCUACAGGAAUCGUGCAAACGAUGAAUUUUGCCGAUAACGGUAGACACUUAGCCGACCAAGAUUAUAACAUUUGUAUACGACAAGAACUGGAUAUGUGCAGUAUAAUAUACGAGCCAUGUCACGAAAAUGCUUUUAGAAUAGCACCCAACACAGAAGAUGAAGAUGAAAAUGAUGAAGAAGAUUCCGAAGCGGAUACUAAUGUAGAAGAAGGUUCAGGUACGGACGACACAGAAGAAACAAUGCGAGCCUUGGAUUUGUGUAAUGACAAAAUUGUUUUGCCAUGUGAUUCCGAAGACCUCGUAAUGCCCGAAAUGUUAGGCAUGACGCCGUCUACGUGUAGUUUAACACAUUGUGGUUCAACCUUAUGCCCUUCCGGCAAUUCGCCCUGUAGGAUCGAAAGCAGCAUCACCCCUUUUACUAUAGGAGUACAUUUUGGACAUAGCGUUAAAGAAACAUCACCUGAAGAAAAUUUGGGCAUGUGUUUAACGUAUGAACAAAUGCCAUGCGUUACUUGAAAACAUCAAUAAAAUAACUAUUCCUUUACAAACACGUAGCUACGGGCAAGAAUAAGUAACAAUUCAAGACCUCCACCACUGAAGUCCCGGAAUAACAUGAUUUUUUAUGGACACAACGUAUGUUAUAUUUCAAAAAUUGAGAGGCGAAAUACUUAUAUCAGUUAAUCGAGCAUACUUUAUUUCACUUACCCUUUUUCAAAAAAUAUCAUUAAGAUAUUUUUAAUUGUUGUAAAAUAAAAAACAAACUA